CCUGGCACUCAGUCUCUCUUCUUCCCUGGUGAUUUAAACAUCCUCAUUUUUUGACCUCCAUUUACGCGGAUAUUUCUCGUAUUCACCGUAUAUUUUGCGUCUUGAGUGGUAUUUCCUGAGAAAUAUAGUCAUCUGAAGAGCCAAGGAAGUGUGUGAAAUUGGUAACAUCUGUAUGAAUAAAAGUAGCUGUUUAGUCAGUGUUGGAUGGUUCAGAAGAUAUCCCCAGUGGUAAGAGAAGUAACAAGAGAGAGUUAAAUACAGUGAGUGAGAGAAACAGAAAAGCAGGGAAGGAAAGAAGGAAGGAAGGAAAAGGUUAACACACACAAGAUAAAGUUAGAACAAAUUAUAGCUCAUAACGUUCAAAUCACGAUAUUACACAAAUGUAAACACAGCAAUGAAGAACAGACAGAUGAACAAGUGUGAUGCUGUGGGAUAAUUAACAAAAAAAACACCAAGAAACAACAGAGUGAACCAAGAAAUGCACUAGAGAAAGAGAAAAACAAGAAAUACACAACAAAACGAGUGACUCAAAAUGCACUAGAGAAAGAGAAGGAGAGAAGAAAUACGUGACAAAACAUCACUGAACCAAAAAAUGCAAUAGAGAAAAAAAGAAAUAAAGAAGAAAUAAGAGAAAAGCGUAAAAAAAAACAGGCAAAAUGUGUGCAAUGAGGAAUAACAAGAGAGACUCGCUUCCCUCACUCACCAUGAACAAAUUCUUCGUCAACAAGCGAGCCUCAAUGUUUGAGAAGGAGGAACCACCGCCGGUCUCCAAGAGGGACUGGCGGGAGUGGAGUCCAUGUGGCUUGGUGGAGACAUCGCAGCGGAAGAUGGCAGAGAGGAAGGAGAAGGAGAAGAAGAACAUGAUGCGUGCCAGGCUGAAGCGACAGGCAGACCCGUACGCAGAGGAGAGCAGCGACCCAGAGGAGGAGGAUGAUUGCCCUGCCUCAGGAACUGCAGACAAGGAUACAAAAAGGGACUCCAAAGCUUGUGGACACGCCAACCGCUCCGUCAACUUUGCCCAGGUGAAGAAGACACUGAAGCAGGGCCAGCAGAUUGGGGAGUGUACACAGUGCCGCAAGGGUCACUGCUCAGGGCUGAAUGAGGCGCCUAACCCUAUUGUGGAUAACUAUGUACCAGUGAUUUGGCUCUGUCUGUACUGUGGCCACCAAGGCUGUGACCGUAAUACUAAGGAGCAACACGCCCUACUACACUUCAGGCGGCCUCACUCUGACCCACACUGCCUCAUCCUCAACACACAGGCCUGGAAUGUUUGGUGUUACGAGUGUGACUCUGAGGUGCACCAAACCAGCUCCAAGAAACUUCACGAGGUAGUUGAGUUCAUUAAGCGACAAAAAGACAUGGCACCACGCAGGUCCACAUCUAACCGCCCCUCCCUUAACUCCUCCCAGUUUUCGGCCAUGGGUGAGUGUGGCUCUAUCACAGUGGCCAAGGGGUCGGUCAGUUCCUUUGACGACAACUCCAAGGCUGCCAAGAACCAACGCAAUGCCCAGGCCAGCGUGCUCGCUUCCCUGCCCAAGGUUAAGGGACUCAGCAACCUUGGGAACACCUGCUUCUUCAACUCAGUGAUGCAGAGUCUCUCCCAAACACACUUCCUCACACAGCUGCUGGACUUGCAGUGUCAGAGUGGCCAGAGGGUGUACCUUCCUGGUCGCUCCAAGGCACCACAGCUCAAUGGGGAGGUGAGGCAGGAGAACGGCAGAGUCAAGCAGAAGAAGAGAGAAACAGAGAAUGAGGACGAUGAUGAUGUAGAGCUGAAACCCUUGGACCUGUACCUUCCUGAGGGUGGCGGCCUGACCCUCGCCACUGCCACACUCCUCAAGGAAAUGCACUCAGUAGGCAAGAACCACAUCCUCAACCCAGGUUAUCUUUUUGGACAGUUACACGGACAGGAUGCCUCAAUCUGCAAGAAGAGCACUCAGUUCCAAGGAUAUGAGCAGCAGGAUGCCCAUGAACUCCUGCGCUGCCUCCUAGAAGCCAUCAGAAACGAGGAGAUCCUGCGAGCUAAGAGAGCCAUCCUCAAGGCCUUCGCACUGUCCGAGAAGACUGACCCCAAUAGUGUUAGUCCGCGGCUCAAGACCAUGAUCAAGGGUUAUGGCAGGCAGGCCACUCACACCAUUGUUGACCAGAUCUUUGGGGGUCAGCUUAUCAGUACUAUCUUCUGUGAGGAGUGCCACUGGUCGUCCCAAGUAUUUGAGCCAAUGAUGGACUUGUCACUGCCCAUCAAUGAGGAGAAGGGCAAACCAAAGAAGAACAGCAUCAACGACGAGACAGUGUUUGACUGCUUUGGGCGACCGACGAGCAUUGCAGGUGGCAACCAGAACAACAUGAACAACAACCUCACCACCACCAGCAACCACAGUGGCAACAGCAGCCUGUCCAAGCACCAGCUGAAAAAGCAGAAAAAGGCGGAGAAGAAGCAGCGACGGGGACACAAGGGGCGGGGAAAGGGGAAGGGUGGCAGUCUGGCCCCCUCCUGCAUCAGACCCAAUAAUGAGGACGAGGAUCCGAUUAAGAGUGAGAAGAUAAAGCGACGCACCACAGAGAAGAGCCAGGCUGGAGACCAAGAGAGCUUAGCCAGGAUGGAGAGUCAGAUAGCAGGCGGUGGUGACUUGGCUGGCCAGGGAACAAAGUGCAGGGAGAGUUCAAGGUUCAAGAAGCUGAUGGCAGCGCGUCGAGUGGAGAGGCAGAAGGAGAGCGGCGAUGAUGGAGGCAGCGAUGAAGAUUCUGAGUAUGAUGUUGAUGAGGAUGAAGAGGAUGACUCUCUAGGCGGCCAAGACAAGCCUGACGGACCCCUGCACAAGAAUGGCCAGGAGAAGAAGGAUGCGAGCAAGGAUGAGAAGGAGGCGAGAAAAGAGGAGACAGAGGAGGAGAGUGAGGAAGAGGAGGAAUCUGAGGAGACAGAGAGUGAGAGUAAAAAUAAUGAAAGUGAUGGAGGAAGCUCCAAGAAGAAAGGCUCAUCUACAGAGACGAGUGAUGCGGACAUUGAGGACAACACAGACUCAGACCGUGUGCGGCACAAGUACCACAACACACGGCAGCCGUCCAUUGUGGUGGAGCAGUCCGAGACAGAAACUCGCGGCAGUAAUGACGGCCUUGCUCGGACACAGAAUCUUCAGCUGAUCCCUUACUAUGGGCCUUAUCUUUCUCCCUACUGCCGUGUUUUGAGAUACCUCAAUACUUGCUACUCCAGUGACCAGCUCAACUAUAAUUCCGCAUCUGAGACAUCCGAGCGUUACUUCACCCCAUAUGAGAAAGACUGCAACGGGCUGGACACUGGAGACGACCUUGAGAACUACCAGGACUCGCAGACGGAACGCGGUGACAACGUUUCCCUGCGGUCUGACAACACCAACACCAGUGGCAAGGGUUCCUCCACUGCCACAGGGGACACGUGUUCUAUAUCAAGUGGGGAGACUGUCGGAAACUUUGACAUGGAAAACAAGGUACCAGUCGACCAGGCGCAUAUGGACGAAAUGUGCCUGAAGGUGAAAGAACUGAAGAUCCGCCGUAAGUCCUGCAGUAAAGAGAGCCUGUUGGAUGCCACCCAGAGGUCCAGCCAGAAGCGAGGGUCCACUGAGACACUACACACCUUUAAUGAGAAGCCAGAGGAGGAGGAGGACGAAAGUGUCAAGAAGGCCAAGUUCCUGAAGAAGUUAAAGCAGGAGUGGAUCGCCCGCAGCCUCACCACUCUUGCCCCACGCUACCAGUGUAGGAGUCAGGAGUGUUCUGUGAUGUCCUGCCUCACUCACUUCACUGCACCAGAGCUUCUCACUGGCAACAACAAGAUCACCUGUGAGAACUGCACCAACCAACACAACAAGCUCCACCCAGACGACCAGAAGGACUCAGUGAAGAGCAACGCCAGUAAGCAAAUGCUGAUCCUGUCACCGCCUGCUGUGCUCACUCUGCAGCUCAAGAGAUUUCACCACAUGGGCUUCAAUCUGACCAAAGUGAACCGCUAUGUCAAGUUCCCUCUCGUUCUGGACCUUGCUCCCUUCACCUCCUCCAUUUCCCUGGGGCUUGGCAACAUGUCCCAGGGUCAGUCACAGGUGCUUUACGGCCUCUACAGUGUUGUGGAGCACUCGGGCCGCCUAAACUCUGGUCACUAUGUUGCCUACGUUCGUUCCCGACCCCUGGACCCAAAUCACACGAACCGACAGUACCUCAACUUGAAGCCUUCCAGCCAGUUUGAGAUUGAUCACUUGGUAGCAGAGAUGGCUGAGAAGGUUGAGGCGUCUUCUGGCACCCUCCACAAUGACCUGAAAGCUUCUCCCAGGAAUAAUGCGGCUAAUGUGCAGGAGUUUGAGGAGGAGAUCAAGGCAGGACGGUGGUUCCACGUGUCGGACACUUAUGUCGCCGAGGUGAACAUCGACCGAGUGCUGAAGGCCCAGGCGUACCUGCUCUUUUAUGAACGCCUGGUCUGAGGCUGGCAACACUUAGACUGUACAUAAUUACUUUUACUAGCAAAUUAACAUACUGAGUACAUAUUUAUUUGUACAUUUCUUCCUAGCCAUAUGCUUAGAGCGCCAAUCUCUGCGUCACCGCCCAGCCUUAGUGGUAUGCCGGGGAGGACUCUUCUGUGACAGCCUUAUCUGAACAUGUAGUACAAAACAUGGGCUCUUCAAUGUGUGCAUGCCUCAAGGGCAGGGCAAGCCAGGCUGAGGUCUAUGGGUCUAAAGGGCAGCAUAAUAAUGAGUCACAGGGCAGGGGUGGGUAUUCCUUAAUGGCAGGAUAGGACGGAUAACCAGGUCCUUGAUAGUCUUCCAAGGCAGUGUAAUACUAGGUAGAGAGUGAUGAGUGAGUAGUUCUGUGUUGUAUGAGACAGGCAUCUGUACAGGGGUGGAGGCUUGUGGCAGAGUGACACAGCAGGUGGUGUGUGUGCAGGGUAUGAGGUGUGGUACAGCGACAGGGUGAGGGAAUAACCAUGUUUGUGUACAUCUUCAGUGUGGUGGUGCCUGAGUGCCACACAGUGUUUGCAAGCUGCAGGCUAGGGAGGCAAGAACAGUGUUCCGAGUGUAGAUAAACAAUACUCUUCACUGCUCUGAAGUGAUUUGUUGUGUUGGUGGGACAGCAGCCUCAUCACAGGUUCUUUCUGCUGUAGGUGUUGGAGGAGAGUCAUGGUGUCAGGAGGCAGCUGGGCCCUGACAAGUGUGCCGUGGUGCCUACAGACCAAGAGGCAUGUGUGAUUGGUUCGUUUUGUGUUGGCAUGGAGUCCUGUUUUCUACAUUGUUUUGAAAUGUUUGCAUUAUUUAUAUGCAGACAAUGGACUCCUGGAAGAGAGCCAAGUGGCAGCUCUUUUUGUGUUGGGGCUUAUUUUCAAGCUCUCAUUACUUCUGUAUAUAUUGUGACAUUCAGAAUGGUGACUAGGAGAGCAGUCGGUGCGUGUAGGAUGACAGUGUUCCCAAUGCAGCAUGUUGAGAGAGUUUGCCAAGCUGUGUGUAGUGUGUAUGUGUGUACUGUGUGUCCCAAGGUGUAGUGGCUGAGGUAUGCUUAGCAGGCACAGUGCUGCCCAGCGAGCCUGCAGCACCCAUGGGCAGCAGUGUCCUGAUACACACACUGAUAGGUCCUCCUCUGGUGGCUGACCCUAAUCACAGGGACUGCAGUGCUGAGGCUAUGUAUGAAAAGAUUUGUAUUUUGGUGACGUCUUAGUGAGACGCUUUGUAAAUAGAUAGAGAAGAGUAACACAAUGUGAUGCAAUGUUGUUAGGAAGCAUGUGAUGAAUUUGUCAGCCUCAUCUGUGAUAGCAAGUCUCUCUUCAUUACAGAGGUGCCUCUUUGUAAUACCGUAGGUGUACAUUGCCACAUGGAGCCAACCGAGUCUUUCAAACAGCAAGCAUAAUCUGCAUGGGUGAUUGUACCAACUGAGCCAGUGCCAAACUAAUAUCCUGCCUGUACAAACUUGUGAACCUCUGUGCCGUGCCUCACUCUCAUCAAAUCAAAGUGUAGCUCUCUUUGUGUUCCUCUCAUGUCAUGCACACUAGUCAUGCUUGUGUCCUCACACUCGACUUACUUAUUUUUUAGUCUAAGAUAUUAGUCAGCCAGCCCUUAUUACUGUUUUGGUAGAAUAAAUGUUACACUCUUACUUGAAUCAUGAAAACACCAGGAACUUCCAUGUCAGCCUGUUAAAAGUUUUUUUUCUGUAGAUUGCUCCAGAAGAAUAUCCCAUAUACACUUUUCCAUAGAUUUCUCAAAAUAAAUUAUAUUAUUUUUGUGAUGGUCCUGAAAGAUCAACUUUUUGUAGAUUUCAUCAGAAAAAAAAUCAAACUUUUCUGUAGACUUACUCCAAAAUAUAAACUUUUCAAUUGAUUACUCCAGAAGACAAAGCAUUUCACCAACUUUUCCAUAGAUUCUACUAAAAACAAAGUAUUUCACCAACUUUUCCAUAGAUUACUCCACAAGUCCAGUGGCGUAGUGAGAGAUAAAUUUACAUUGGGUGAAAUCUAAAAAUGCCUCCAAAAGAAGUAAUAGAAAUACAAGAUUAGGUAUAAUACACUACUUGAUUAUGUAUAUAAUAUACAUACAUGAAAUUUAAAUCAAUAAUUUGCAUGCCUUUGAUUUUGCUAAAUCUAAAGUAACUGUCUGAAAAUCAAUAUUCUCAGUAGCCUCGCUUGUGCUGCCCCCUGAGAAAUGUGUCGCUUUGGGCAUUUUUCCCUCUCACCCUCUUAUCACUAUGCCAUUGCAUUUCAUCAGCUUUUUUCUGUAGAUUAUUCCAAAAGUCAAAGCAUUUCAUCAACUUUUUUUCUGUAGCAUACUCCAGAAAAAACUGCCACAUCUACAUUUUUUCCGUAGAUUGUAAGAGAAAACCAAAUCCUUGUAGUCCGACGGGAAGGAUAGCAAACUUUGGCACCAUUUUUUAAGAAUUUAGUAACAUUUUUACUGUGGCAAUGAUUGGUGAAGACAGAAGAGAGAAAUUUGAAGCAGUAAUACACAGGAGAAGGCUGUGUGUGUGUGUGUGUGUGUGUGUGUGUGUGUGUGUGUGUGUGUGUGUGUGUGUGUUUGAGUGAGUGUGAAAGAGAGAGACAAUAUACCUAACGUGAGGUCAUAUUUCCAUAGCAUUUUUUCAGACAUGUGAUAGUGAUUAUUAUUCUAAACCACAUUACCUUUUUAACUAUAUCUUUUUUUUUUUUUUUUUUAUUUAUUUAAACCCACUGUCAGACCUGUAUGAUAUUAAACUGUUCUUUUACCCUU